AUUAAGCGGAGCAACAAAGUGAGAGAACAACAAAAAAUAAAAAGAGAAAAUAAUAAUAAUAAAAAACAAACAAAAUGCUGCGACUAGGCCUAUUUCACAUAAGCCUUGUUUUGCUGCUGGGCUACCAGACCCUCGCCAUUGACUAUUCCAAUCCCAAGUCACAAGUGGAAUAUAUAAAUGUACACCCAGGCGAUAAGCCGAAUAUUGUGCCAAUCACACGACCUCCAUUGUUGAACCAAACGCCACCGCCGCCGCCGGGCGAUUCCAAGAAUUUUGCUUACAAUCCAAAAACCCAGACCUGGACAAAGAUUUCGCCUCACGAUCCACAGCCGGAUGAAGGGACUUUGAUCUGGAAUCAGAGCAACGAUAAAUGGCUAACCAACGGGCCAGGCUCUUAAAGAUGUUAACUUGAAGCAAUUAUCUUAGCUGUUGUUUAUCGGAAUACAUAAAGCAUUAUAUUCCCCAGCUCACAAGCAAAUUUCUU